AAAAACAAAAAAAACAAAAAAAAACACCAAAAAAAAUGUGGAUUAUUUUAAUCUUAUUAAUAAUCAAUAUUUUACCUCAAAAUAUUGAUUUUCUCUAUGGUAACAAUCAUGAUAUAAAACAAUCCAAUUGGAAUAUUAUUCAUCAACAAUAUAUAAUAAACAAUAGAAAUAUUGAUUUAUUCAAUUCUAUUCAAAGAAUUAAACGAUCUAAAUCUAAUGAUUUCAAUAAUCAUUAUUCAAUUGAAAAUAAUCAAGAUUCUAAUAUAUCAAAUAAGAAUGAUAAUAAUAAUAAUAAUAAUAAUAAUAAUAAUAAUAAUGCUAAUCAUGAAACCGAUCAUAAAAAUAAUGAUCUUGAUCCAACUAUUAUAAAUAAUCAAUAUUUAAUAAAUUCUAAUCAAUUAUUACAUCAUUCAAUAGAUAAUGAUAAAGUACUUAGACCAGAGAAAUGUAUACCAAUUGAAAUACCAUUAUGUAAAACUAUUGGUUAUAAUUUAACAUAUUUACCAAAUGCAUUUAAUCAUGAAACACAAGAAGAAGCUGGUUUAGAAGUUCAUCAAUUCUAUCCAUUGGUUGAAAUUAAUUGUUCAGAUGAUUUAAGAUUAUUUUUAUGCAGUAUGUAUACACCAAUUUGUUUACCAAAUUGGCAUUAUCGUUUAACUGCAUGUAAAUCUUUAUGUGAAAGUGCACGUGAUGGAUGUAUGCCAGUAAUGCGUACUUAUGGAUUUGGUUGGCCUGAAAGAAUGAAUUGUGAUCUACUACCAGAAGGAAAUGAAUGUGUUAGUCGAAGUAAUACACCAAACAAUAGAAAAGUUACAUCCUCAUCCUCCUCUUCCUCCUCCUCCUCCUCAUCACAAUCAUCAUUAUCUUUACCUUCUGGUGAACAAAUUGAAAUGAUUCAUAAAGAUACUACUACUAAUAGUAAUACUAAUAUUACUACUAAUACUACUACUCAUUAUAAUCAUAAUCAUCAAUUGAAUAAUAUUAUACUUCAUAAAGCUGAACAAUCAUUAUCUCAUUUAAUUAAACAAAUUUAUUAUAAUACAAAUUCUCAUUUAUUUAAUCGUAAACAAUUCAAUCAAUCAAAUUUAUUUUCAUUAAAUCAUUUAAAUCAAUUUUAUCAAUUAUUAAUCAAAAAAAUCUAUCAUGAAAAAAUCAAUAAACCAUUUCAAUCUAUUCAUGAAAUCAAUGAAAAAUCAAUAACAUUUGAUGAAAAUUAUUUCAAUUUUUAUUUAUGUUUACCAUGUGAAUGUUAUCAAUCAAUCAAACAAUCAAAUCAAUCAAUAUAUCAUGAAUUGAUUAUCAAUAAUCAUAAUAAUCAUAAUCAUAAUCAUAAUAAUAAUAAUAAUAAUAAUAAUUGUUUACCAUUAUGUUAUUAUCCUAAAUUUAAUAAUCUAUCAGAUAAAUUAUUUACAACAUAUUGGAUUGGUUUAUGGUGUAUUUUAUGUAUAUUAUCUACAUUGAUUACUAUAAUUACAUUUUUUAUUGAUUUAAAACGUUUUCAAUAUCCUGAACGUUCAAUUAUUUAUUUAUCAAUAUGUUAUUUUAUGAUUGGUAUUGGUUAUUUAAUAAGAAUUAUUAUAGGACAUGAAUUAAUUGCAUGUAAUGAUACAAUACUUAGAAUGAAUACAACUGGACCAAUACAAUGUAGUAUUGUAUUUUUAUUAAUUUAUAUAUUUACUAUGUCAUCAUCAUUAUGGUGGGUAAUAUUAACAUUAACAUGGUUUUUAGCAGCUGGAUUAAAAUGGAGUACAGAAGCUAUUGCAAAAUAUUCUCAGAUUUAUCAUUUUUUUGCAUGGUUUAUUCCUGGUACUAAAUCAAUAUUUAUAUUAAUAUUAUCUGCAAUUGAUGGUGAUCCAAUUAGUGGUUUAUGUAAUGUUGGUUCAAUGAAUUUAUAUUAUUUACGUAUAUUUAUCUUUAUACCAUUAUGUAUUUAUUUAAGUUUAGGUAGUCUAUUUUUAUUAGCUGGAUUUAUAGCUUUAUUUAAAUUACGUUAUGAAAUUAAAUUACAAAUUAAUCAUUAUUAUUUAAAAAUUGAUAAAUUAGAAAAAUUAAUAAUACGUAUUGGAAUAUUUAGUAUAUUAUAUACCGUCCCAGCAACUAUUGUUCUUGGUUGCUAUGGUUACGAAUUAUAUUAUCGUGAUUUAUGGUAUCAAUCAUAUCAUUGUCCAUGUAUUACAUUAUCAUAUAUUAAAGAAUUAUCAUUAGAAAAUAAUUUAUUGAAUCAAUUAAAAUCAAUUAUGUUAAAUUUAAAUGAAGAAAUUUUACAAAAAAAAAUCAAUAAUCCAAUUACUAUUGAUUAUUAUAAUGAUAUUACAAUACAUUUUAAUCCACCAAAUUAUUAUAAUAUACAACCGGAAUAUUCAAUAUUUAUGUUAAAAUAUUUUAUGUCACUUAUUGUUGGUAUUACAUCAGGAUUUUGGAUAUGGUCACAUAAAACAAUCAAUACAUGGCAAUUAUGUAUUAAACGUAUAUUUCAUUAUAAAUAUAUAAACAAUUCAAAAUAUCAUCAAAGAACCAUAUCAAUUGGUGUUUUAAAUCAUACUGGAGUACUUGUAUCAAAUCGUUCACCACCACCACCACCGCCACCGCCGCCGCCGCCACCACCACCACCACCACCGCCUCCGCCAGCACUGCCGCCAUUGACAACAAAUCCAGGUAUAAUGAAUUGGAAUAUAGGACAAUCAAAUGUUUGGAUGAAUAAUAAUAAUAAUAAUAAUAAUAAUACUAAAUUGUCAAAUGGAUUAAAUUUAGGUAUUAAUCAUUGUAAAACAUGGCAUGAUGAUUAUAUAUCUAAUAAUCGAUUACUUUCACACUCACCACCAACAAAUCUUGAAUAUCAUCAUUCAAAUAAUAUACAUAUUAAUCAUACAAUGUCUAUACCAGUUGGUUCAAUGAUUGGAACAUCAGGAUCAUUUACUAAUAAUCUAUUAGAUGGUACAAUUAUAAAUGAUGGAGGGAAUAGUACAAGUUUACCUAAUGGACAACAACAUAAUGGACGUAAAAUUGAUGCUAAUAAUUUAUUUCUUAUGUCUUCUGUACCAAUAACACAUAUUUGAACAAUUCAAUUCAAUUCAAUUCAAUUGAAUAUAUAUAUAUAUAUACAUAUAAUAUUAUAUAAACAGUCAUAUAACUAUUCAAGCCUUUUUUCAUCCCGGUCUAUCAUUAAUAUCAUAUAUAAUAUCAUAACCCCUAUCAAGAAAUUAUGGAAAAGUUCUCAAUUACCAAUUGAAACUUUCAUUAUAAUUUAUUACAUAUUAAAACUUACUAUUCAUCAUUCAUAUUAUCAAUAUCAAUAUUAGACUACUUAAAUACUAUGGUCAAUUUAC